GCGCCAGACAGGGUAACAACAAGUACCUUCUUUUGACGUCUUUUGGUAUGACGUUGCUGGGGAUGGAACCAUGCACCUUCCGCUCUACGGGCGGACGCUCUACCACUAGACCACGGAGGCGGUCCCAGGAAUGUAAUUAGGUGGGCGGUCAGAUACAUUCGUUGUCCAUCGGUCCCUCGGGUGACAUAGGUUUAUGUAUCCUCUCUGUCAGUUUAUGUUCCAUUCGACCUCCGGACUCCGGGGAACAUAACUAACACCCCUCGGCAACUAAUAUGGUGACGAAUUGCGACAGAUCCGCGUCUAUAAUGGAAGGGAGGUAACUCUAAACGUGUUUCUUUCCCGGUACCUCUCGCUUCCACUUUUCCCCCCUAUCAACAGGGGAAAUCAAAAACUAUUUUGAAGUUGUAUCUUAUUCGACCUACAGACCGGAAUUUUGUGCCUCAAGUCCUUAAACCUAAAAUCUGGCAUAAGCAUACCUGUCACAAGUAAGGCACUGCCACAAUAUGAAUACAGGCCUAUGCAUAUUUGAUAAUGUUAUGUUACGGAUCAGUAAAACCAGGAAAACACAACAUUACAUUCAGCAUGUGGUACUGUUACUCCUGGGUAAAAUCGACUCAAACCCAACCUGAAGUUUUGCCCACCCUCAGUCACAAUACCGCCCUGCCAUGUUGCAACAGUCGGCGAGCGAGCCCAACCAGUCACCGUGUGCAACACAACUCUAUAGCUAAACGCCUAUAGCUAGACUGCUGUAUUGUUGGUCAUUUUCUAUUCGCCUAUUCACGGUCUAUUCCUGUACCACGUUACUUCAGAAAGACACGUUCAACAUAUCGUGUCAACAAGUGUUGUUGAAACGGAAGCAUGCGUAUCCAGUGUUACUUUGUUCUUCUGGCCACGUUGUCGUGUCUGACUGCCAGCGUUGCCGGGAGAAAGAAUGAGGUACUUCGUGGUCGCUCUGAUUCUAAGGUGGUCAAGCGAAGCGUCAUCGAUGACAUUCAUAACUUCCUCACUUCCGCUGGAGACAGCAUCAAGACCUUCACGCAAGACAGGUACAAGGAGAUCGCCGACAGCCUGCCCAGCAUGGGACUGGACGACUUGAAGAAUACCCUGAACCAGCUGAAGUCCAUCUAUCAGAAAAUAGCUGAUAAGUCUUCCGCAGAAGCUGAGCGAGUGCGGAAGCUGAUUAGUGAGGUGGAUGGAGAUAUCGCCGCUAAUGGGUCCACUUCCUGGAGAGGUUCACUCAUCAGCGCCGUCGUCCUUGUAGCGGUAUCAGUCUACAGCGUCCACUUCCUGGAAUAGCUCACUCAUUAGCGCCGUCGUCCUUGUAGUGUUAUCAGUCUACAGCGCCCACUUCCUGGAAUCGCUCACUCAUUAGCACCGUCGUCCUUGUAGCGUUAUCAGUCUACAGCGCCCACUUCCUGGAAUAGCUCACUCAUUAGCACCGUCGUCAUUGUAGUGUUAUCAGUCUACAGCGUCCACUUCCUGGAGAGGUUCACUCAUCGGCGCCGUCGUCCUUGUAGCGGUAUCAGUCUACAGCGUCCACUUCCUGGAAUAGCUCACUCAUUAGCGCCGUCGUCCUUGUAGCGCUAUCAGUCUACAGCGUCCACUUCCUGGAAUAGCUCACUCAUUAGCGCCGUCGUCCUUGUAGCGCUAUCAGUCUACAGCGUCCACUUCCUGGAAUAGCUCACUCAUUAGCGCCGUCGUCCUUGUAGCGGUAUCAGUCUACAGCGUCCACUUCCUUGAAUAGCUCACUCAUUAGCGCCGUCGUCCUUGUAGUGUUAUCAGUCUACAGCGUCCACUUCCUGGAAUAGCUCACUCAUUAGCGCCGUCGUCCUUGUAGUGUUAUCAGUCUACAGCGUCCACUUCCUGGAAUCGCUCACUCAUUAGCACCGUCGUCCUUGUAGCGUUAUCAUUCUACAGCGUCCACUUCCUGGAAUAGCUCACUCAUUAGCACCGUCGUCAUUGUAGUGUUAUCAGUCUACAGCGUCCACUUCCUGGAAUAGCUCACUCGUUAGCACCGUCGUCCUUGUAG